AUGGAAAGCGAAAAACAAACUACUGAGAGAGAGACACCGCCUCAGUUCUGGAGAAGCUGCAAGUUGAUUAUUGACCCUGCAUUGACGAAAGGACUGCACAAAGUGUAUCGUUACGAUGGACAGCAAUUUAACAUACCCGUGGCGGAUUUAGGUCUGUUUCCUGUAGGGACAGUCAGAGAUCCCCGUGUCUGCCGCCUGUGGAGCAAAUGCAACAAGACUGACCUUUUGAUUUCUAAAUUUAAGGUUGAUGAAUGGUAUGUUGGCCCCGUUCCUCCCAAAGAAGUGACAAUUUCCAGGCUGAAUGACAAUGUGAGGAAGGCGUUCUUGACUAAUAUGUGCAAUAAAUAUGGGAACAUCGAAGAAGUGGAAAUAUUUUACAAUCCUAAGAACAAGAAGCAUUUGGGGAUUGCAAAGGUCGUCUUCGACACAGUGAGGGCUGCAAACGAAGCUGUCCAGCACCUCCAUCAGACCUCAGUGAUGGGAAAUGUUAUUCAUGUGGAAAUUGAUCCUAAAGGUGAAAACAGGACGCGAUAUCUCCAGCUCCUCUUACAGGGGCUUUAUACUCCUUGGACGCUGCCAGUGGGCAGCAAUGAGCAAGCUAUUCAAAGCUUAGUCGAGGGUUUGCUGAGCAGCGCAGCCACACAGACACAUCUGAGCAUCUCCAGUCCCACCAGCAUCGCCACCCCCUUCUCUCUGGACACAGCCUACUCCAGUAUUUGGCAGGAUACACCUUGCAGCUUCAGGCUAACACCACAUUCCCAGGGAACCCCCCGCACUCCCUGCCUGUCUGCCACUCCUCUGUCCCAGGACUCCUGCUACUCCAGUCUUCAGGCGACUCCAGUCCUCCAGGGGGAGCCCUCCACCUUUAGUGAUCACAAACUUUUAAGACGAGAGCUCUGGCGUCGUAAGACUGAGAGGUAUUGCAGAGGAUCCGGCGAAGUCUCAGAUGUGAACUUCAUUUUGAGGCAAUGCCAACCCCAGCUAGCAGAAUCUUAUUCUACCACAAAACAAUCUAGCAGCCAAGAGUUAGCACUGUGGGGGCACAAUGCACAAUCCUCCAAUCACAGUAAUGCUUCCUUUAACUUUAAGUCUCCCAGUCAGGAGUCCAGAGCUGUGGUCACUGCUACCUCUAAGGAUUUUGAUAGAAGCUCCAACUCUUUAAGUAUGCUGAGCAUUAAUUUCACAUCUGAAUAUCAGACAGCAGCUUCCUUUCCAUCUGAUGACCAUGCACGCAUUACAGAACUACCCCAAACUGCUGGUAACUCUUCUUCAAGCCCCAGGCCUGAGGUGGAGAGUUUGGACUCUCGUAUUGAGAGUUUGCUGAUAAACAGCCAGAGUACUGACCCGUCCUACUUCUAUAGAAACUCUUUGGAGGCUGAUGUUCACUCUCAGGACAGCCCGACCUCACCUUGCUCCCCUAACGCCUCCCCUUUCUCAGAUGACUCACCUGUUCGCACUCCAACUUCAUGUGACUUCACAACGAUAGAUCAGCGCUCCUUCAAUGACCUCAUUGAAGAUGAGCCAGAUGAAACCACUCAAGCUGUUUUGUUUCUAACAAGAGACUCUCAGCCUCCAUCUGAUUUCACACGUUUUGAAAGGAGGGCUCACGUAAACCACAAAAAAGAGGCAGAAAGAGCGUUCAGAGCUUCAACGCCAGCCAGACAGAUCCUUCUCCCUCAGCCUCCAUCCUUUUCUCUCAAUAGCAACACUCAACCCCCCUCCUCCAAAGCUCCUCCUGCUUUUAAAUCAGGGUGCCCCCAUCCACCAGCCACCCGUUUCCCUUUCCCCCUUCCUCCCUUUCCCCCAUCUAUCCCAUCUAUCCCACCUCGCCUGCCUAAUGGCACCAUCCCCAUCCCACCUCCAGGUUGGAUCCCUCCUCGGGGCCAUCACCCCGGCAUCUCUAUUCCUCCUCCCGGUUUUCCACCUCCAUCUUCUAUUCCUCCACCACCAACCUUCCUUGGACCCCCACCUCCUGUGUACAGGUACCCCUUACCUGUUCAUCCUCCAGGCACUUUAGAUAAGGGGAAUCCUCCAACCACUCCUUUGCAUUUCCCUCGACCUCCAUGGCCUCUUCCACCUUUCCCCAGGUUUAACCCCUUUGUGCCACCACCAGACUUCCUGCUUGUGCGGGAAAACCCACAUAAGGCCACGGUGGAAAAGGUUUUAGAAGUCAUCAUGGAUGAACUGAAGUCGAUUAUUAGGAAGGAUCUUACACGCCGAAUGAUUGAAGGGGUCGCUUUCAAGGCAUUUGAGGACUGGUGGGUAUGUCAAGAGAAGAAAGUAAAGAUACACGUUUCUCCUUUGAAAAGUGGAGCAACAAGUAUUGAAGAAAGGAGCAAACUUAUAAAUCCCCUCUGUCACAUCAGUGGCCAGGGCAAAAAACCUCCACUGCCUUCAUUCAAGGUAAAAAGGAAAAGAGCAGAUGAUACUGUUACAUCAGAAGAGAUAGAACAUGUGUUGUGUUCUACUCAUGAAAGCUCUGAUGUGAAACAGGGGGAGGACAAAGGGAGUUUGGCAUCUGAGAGAGCCAAACGCAGACAUGCAAGACCACAUGAGCUUGAAAGUGACGAUGAUGAUGAUGAAGGGAAAGACGAAGAUAACACACUUCAAGAUGGGGAAACAACAUCAGAUAAAUUGGAGGCGGUUGUGCGAGUUCACGAUGAUCCUCAAAUCCUGUGUGACAGAGAUGAUGAUGAUGAUGAUGAUGAGGACAGCAAUCAUCCUGAGGAAGAGAAGGAGUCCGCACAGAAACACACAGAAGAUGAAGAUGCAGUCAUCUUCCAAGCUAGUGAAGCAGUGGCGAGCUUGGAUAGCGAGACUUUCUCAGAGAGCAGCUCCUCAGAGGACAGUGAGUUCUCGUCAGACUUCGACUCCUCGGACUCGUUCUCCUCUGGGAGCUUCGAGGACUCGUCCUACUCUGAACUCAGUCCUGAAGAUGAAGACAUGGAGGAGGAGGAGGGCGACAGAAGAGUUGAGUGUAUCUCCAUAUCGUCAGAUGAAGAGUCGAUGGAGCUUGAGCCCCCCGCCACCCCCUUGGCCCCGCUGACCCCUGGUGCCAAGCUGGAGCUGGAGCUGCAGGAAUGGCCAGAUCCAUAUCACUGGGAGAAAGGAGAGGAGAACCAGUUCCCGUCCUGUCUGGAGGACAUGAUGGAGCUCCAAGCCAGCGAACCCCCGGACCAUCUACAGCCCCUCUCACCUACAGGACUCCCAGUUGUGCGUCAACAUCUUGACGUAGAGAUGGAGAGCCCUCAGUGGAUGGAGGAGUCACCGGGGAACAGAGAAAACCUGAGGCCUCUGACUCCCACUGGCUGCCUGGUGGACAGCGACCCUGACCUUCUGAUGAGGAGCAAACCCACAUCCCCCGCUGUGGAGGAAGAACGACCCCAAACACCAGGCAAGGGCAUAGUGGCCGGACUGGAAAGUGAGGAAUCUACCAAUGAAGUGCUUUCUCCAACAGCCACCAAGGUCGUUUUUUCUCCACUUGCUUUGUACCCUUUAUACCAGGAUAUGCCCAACACGCCUGAUUGCGAGGAUAGACGAGCAUGGACUCAGUACAGCUCUGUGAGAGCUCCAGCUACACCAGGCAGAGAGACCACCUCGUCAGAAGGUAACACAGUGAUGUGCCCCCAUCUUAGCAGCCCCCUUUCUAGCAAUCCGUAUAUCACAGCCCCAAAGACUCCUGGGAGGGACAUCAUCCUACCCCGGAGAUCCAUAGUCCACAAGAGAAAAAUGGUGACGAACUUACAGCCAAUGUUUUACGAUUCUCUCGGAGGCUCCCCCAUCUCAGUGUCCUCUCCAUGCAGCUCCUCUGAGUCUUCUUCUGACUCCGCUCAAGGGAAAAGCAUGUGGGUCAGUUCAGGUGUGAGAAUGAGGCCUUUGCAGGGCCUGGAGAAUAUGCCUGGGCUCCUUGAUGAGGAGAAUAGUAGAGAGACGGACAAAUCCUUAUUAAGGAGAAAGGAGUGGAGGAAGCGAAAGAGGAGGUGGAGAAUUCUUCAUCGGAGAAGACUUCUUAAAAGAGACUCUGGUUCUCUCCCCUCUAACAUCGCUUCUGACAGGUGGCGCUCUCUCUCUGAGGAGAGGAGGAUACUUCAUAGUGUUUGGAAGGAGGGUCUGGAUGAAGAAGACGCCAGGCUGCUGCAGCGGACAUACGACAGGCUGCAGGCGCGGGAUAAUGGCUUCGGGUGGAUCAGUGACACUCUGUGGAUACCUCACACUUUGACUAAAGUCAUGGCAGAGCAGAGUGAGGAGCACAGAUCCUGGUGGCCCAAUCACAGGACCGGCUCUGCUCGCUCUGAAGGAUUCUACAAAAUCAGCAAGAAAGACAAAAUGAAAUACAUCAACCACUCAAAGCUGAACCCUGAGCUUCCAUCUACAAGCACACAGGGAACGAACAUCCCUGCCCAGCAACAGACCUCACUGCGAGCCGGAUCUGACUUCAGGUCUGAACAGCGUCGCCUGCUCUCCUCUUUCAGCUGUGAUAGUGACCUAGUCAAGUUCAACCAGCUGAAGUUCCGAAGGAAGAGGAUUCGUUUCAGCCGGAGUCAUAUUCAUGAUUGGGGCCUGUUUGCAAUGGAGCCGAUCGCAGCAGAGGAGAUGGUGAUCGAGUAUGUUGGCCAGAUCAUCAGACAGAUCAUCGCUGACAUGAGGGAGCAGAGGUACGAGGAGGAGGGCAUUGGCAGCAGCUACUUGUUCCGGGUUGAUCAGGACACCAUCAUUGAUGCCACUAAAUAUGGGAACCUAUCCAGGUUUAUCAACCACAGCUGCAAUCCUAACUGUUAUGCAAAGAUCAUCUCUGUGGAGACCAGGAAGAAGAUAGUGAUUUACUCCCGGCAGCCAAUAGGUGUCAAUGAAGAGAUCACGUACGACUACAAGUUUCCCAUCGAGGACACAAAGAUCCCUUGCUUGUGUGGAGCAGAUGGUUGCCGGGGCACCUUGAACUAAUCUCUAAUGAAGUGUUCAGAUUUAUGUCAAGAGCCAAAGUUGCCUGAGGUACUGUACAAUCCAAACACAGACCCUGAAG